AUGACCUGUCCCUUGAUGAGGCCGGCGUCCUGGAAUCCUCCCAUGGUUACCUGCCAUGCUGAGGGCAUGGUUGUGAAAACGGAGUGGACCGUGCCACGCUCUCGAAUUCAAGUCAACUUGAAUGGUGACUGGGAACCAAUAAUGAAAGCUUCGCAGAGAUGUCUGUUCAGUAUAGUUGAACAUCCUGAGGGUGUGGUCAUCUCAGUGAAUUAUGCUCCUUGCCUGAAGGAAAGGGAUGGAUUGUACUCCUUUGAGCUGGCUGGAGAUGGAGAAAUGAAGAUUACCUGCCCGGCGCUGCAACCAGCUCCAUAUGUGUUCCCCCAGAAUGGCAGCACUUUACAGCCUCGUCCUCAGUCAUUCCAGGCUCCGGAUCAAUCCCAAACUGCUGAAAUGUUCUCUGCCUCUCAGAGCACAGACAUGUACCCCCAGCCAAGGAUGCUGCCUCCUGGUAUCUCCAUAAACCAACAGGUCACUUCUUCCACAGAGCAUCAGGCAUCAACAGAUACGACCGUUACUCAAACUACUCAUGAUGGCGCAGUCCUACAAAACCCCCAACUCGGGUCUCCAAUUUUGCCACCGUUGAAUUGCCCCCCAUUGUGCCUUCCUGAACUUCCUAAUUGCUGCCUAAAAAUUGCUUUUCAUCAACAUCUCCAUCAUAUUGUUCCUGUUGGACUUGGUAGCAACAACGCGCCUUUAUUUUACCUUGGACAAGCUUUUCUCCCUUCUUCAGCACUUUCUGGAGAUGGUUCGGGUCAUGCCCUUACUCCUGAAAAAACAACCGCAAAAUCCAAAAUAAUCCAGUUGACCACAACCUCCCCGCCUGCAUUCGUUUCUCCCGAGCCUCUUCCUCCAGUCAAUGAAGGGCAGACAUAUCUUCAACCACAAGAUGGCAGCCCGGUUACAGCUCAGAAUGGUAAUCCCAGCAAGGCUGCAAAUCUGAAUGAACCAAUUUCUUCACCACACCUCCAAUGGCCACAUUUCCCACAAAGUGAAGCUCUGCAUCCGUUAGCACAUUAUAAUGCUCCCUUUAGGACAGAGAAUCAAAACAGCCAUUUAUCAGCUGGAAACACAGAUGAUUCCUCGAGGCCUAACUUCAUGCCUUUUAUUGGUCAAUAUUCACAGGAGCAACAAAAUAAGCUUCCAGUCACUGAACGCUCAUUUGACAAAAAACACACGAAGCACAAAGGCUUGACGCACGACGGAAGGAGUCGAGAGCUUCAUCGGUGGAACAAAGAUGAAAAGCAAAGAUGA